UGUUGACUGUUUGAGCGCCAGGUCGGGUCGGGAUGGAGAGCUUCAUCCUGUACGAGGAGAUCGGCAGAGGCAGCAAGACUGUCGUAUAUAAAGGGCGACGGAAGGGGACCACCAGCUUCGUCGCCGUUCUUUGUACUGAGAAAUGCAAGAGGCCAGAGAUAACCAACUGGGUCCGUCUCACCCACGGAAUUAAACACAAGAACAUUGUGACUUUUCACGAGUGGUACGAGACCAGCAACCACCUCUGGCUGGUCGUGGAGCUCUGCACAGGUGGGUCUCUAGAAACAGUGAUUGCCCAGGACGAAAACCUCCCAGAAGAUGUUGUGAGAGAAUUUGGGGUCGACCUGCUCGCUGGGUUGUGUCAUCUUCACAAGCUUGGCGUGCUUUUUUGUGACAUUUCUCCUGCGAAGAUACUUUUGGAAGGGCCCGGGACGCUGAAGUUUAGCAAUUUUUGCCUGGCGAAAGUGGAAGGUGAGAACCUGGAAGACUUCUUCGCUUUGGUGGCAGAAGAGGAAGGAGGAGGCGACAGUGGCGAAAGCAUAAAAAUGAAUAUGAAAAACAGAGUCAAAGGCUCUCUUGUGUAUAUGGCACCAGAAAUCAUGAGGGGCGCGGACUUCUCUGUUACCACUGACCUCUGGUCGUUAGGCUGUCUGCUCUAUGAAAUGUUUUCAGGAAAACCUCCAUUCUUCUCAGAAAGUAUUCCAGAAUUAGUAGAAAAGAUUUUACAUGAAGAUCCGCUGCCACCUGUUCCAAAAGAUCCUUCACGUCCAAAAGCGUCCACAGAUCUUGUGCAUUUGCUUGAUGGCUUGCUUCAGAAAGAGCCUCAGAAAAGGUUCACUUGGAGCGGCGUGCGGCAGCACCCUUUCUGGAAGGGCGCCUUCGUGAGGGAAGCCACGGAGUCGAGUGUGGAGGAGUUGCCCGCCAGCAGCAGAAGCACCAAGGAAGGUUCCGGGCCCCAGGACCCCAAGGAGCCAGCCCAGCAUCCUCUGGGUGGCCGCAGCACGGGGCACAGGGCAGCUCCAAGACCCAGCCCCACGCUCAAGCUUGAGCACCCGGCUGAGUUGCGGCCCAGGAGCGCCUCUGGGGGGCAGCCGAACGAGUCCCUGUUUCUCCUCAGUUCCCGUCCGACACCAAGGACCAGCACUGCCAUGGGGCUGAGCCCCAGACAGGAGAGGACACAGACUUCACCACAGAAAGCCUCGCCCUGGGCCAAGAGCACCAGUGCGCACCUGAGCCAGGAAGCCCUGGAGUCCCAGAUGAGGGCGCUGAUCUACACAGAAUCAGACCUGGUCGUCACCCCGAUCAUCGACAACCCAAAGAUAAUGAAGCAACCACCCAUUAAGUUUGAUCCCAAAAUACUGCAUCUCCCAGCACAUUCAGCCGAUAAAUUAUUGCACCUGAAGGACCACGACUGGAGUGAGUUUCUACAGCAGGCGUGCUCGCAGCUCGACUCCACUGAGAGGGGCGCAGCGGCCGCCCGAGCCAAGCUGAACCUCCUCUGCUAUUUGUGUGUGGUGGCCACUCACCGGGAGGUCGCCAGCAGGCUCCUGCAUUCUCCCCUGUUCCACUUGCUAAUCCAGCAUUUGCGAAUAGCUCCAAACUGGGAUAUCCGAGCCAAGGUGGCGCGGGUGAUCGGACUGCUGGCCUCCCACUCGAGCGAACUCCAGGAAAACACGCCUGUGGUUGAGGCAAUUACUGUCUUAACUGAGUUAAUCAGGGAGAACUUCAGGAACAGCAAAUUGAAACAGUGCCUUCUGCCAGCCCUUGGGGAGCUGAUCUACCUCGUGGCCACUCAGGAUGAGAAGAGCAAGCCGCCCCGCCCGAGCUGGGCUGUCCCCUCAGCCACCUACACCGUGCUGCUGAGGUGCCUGCGGGAAGGGGAAGAGCGUGUUGUGAAUCACAUGGCGGCGAAGAUUAUUGAAAACGUGUGCACCACCGUCUCCAUGCAGGCGCAGGGCUUCAUCUCCGGGGAGAUUGGGGCUGCUCUGUGGUUCCUGUUCAGACACUCCACUGUGGACGCCCUCAGGAUCACGGCAGUCUCGGCCCUCUGUCGAGUCUCCCGCCAGUGUCCUGCUGCCUUCCAGAGUGUGAUUGAGAAGGUGGGACUUCCGGCUGCGACCCAUGCCCUGGCUGCCUCUGUCUGCAGGGUGCAGCAGUACCUUCUGACCCUGUUUGCCACACUGCUGUCCUGCGGGAUUCACCUCCAGAGACUGGCCCAGGAGAAGGAUUUCGUCUCCACGAUCCUCCGCCUGCUCGACAGUCCUUCCACUUCCAUCCGAGCGAAAGCCUUCCUCGUGCUCUGCUACAUCCUGAUUCACAACCGGGAGAUGCUGCUGCUCAGCUGCCAGGCUCGGUUGGUAAUGUACAUCGAGCGAGACAGCAGGAAGACCACUCCGGGCAGGGAGCAGCAGAGCCCUGGUGGCGAGUACCUGUCCAGAUGCCUGCAGCUGCUCAUCCGGCACCUCGCCCAGGAGCUGCCGCGGAUCCUGGGUGACAUUCUCAACGCCUUGGCCAGCGUCUCGGGUCGCAAGCACCCAUCCACCGUCCAAGGGAAACAGCUCAAGAUGUGCCUGCCCCUGAUGCCCGUGGUGCUGCACCUGCUUACGUCUCAGGUUGUUCGGCCGCAAGUUGUGACGGAGGAGUUUCUCUUCAGUUAUGGAACCAUUCUUAGUCACAUUAAGUCCAUGGACUCAGGAGAAAGCAACAUAGAUGGAGCCGUGGGGUCGGCGGCAUCCGAGGAGUUUAUCAAGAUAACGCUGUCAGCUUUCGAGGCCAUCAUGCAGUACCCUGUGCUGUUGGAAGACUACCGCGCUACGGUCAUUGAGUAUAUCCUGCCGCCCUUGGUCGCCUUGGUUCAGAGCCAGAACGUGGAAUGGCGUCUCUGGAGCCUACGCCUGCUGUCAGAAACCACUUCUCUGCUUGUGAACCUGGCUGCUGGUGACAUCGAGGAAGAGGCUGUGGCUGACUCUGAGCGCAGCCUUCUGGGCCUGGUGCGAGACGUCCUGCUGCCCCAGUACGAGCACAUCCUCACAGAGCCCGACCCCGUGCCUGCCUACGCGCUGAAGCUGCUCGUGGCCAUGACGGAGCGCAGCCCGACCUUUACCAGACUUGUGGAAGAAAGCAAACUGGUCCCACUCAUUUUUGAAGUGAUACUGGGCCGUCGGGAGAGCAUUCUGGGCCACACCACACAGAGCGUCAUCGCCCUGCUCAGCAACCUGGUCGCCUGCAGAGACUCGGAUAUGCAGCUCCUCUACGCGCAGGGACUUGUGCCUCACGUCUGCGGCCUGUUCACUGCUGCUGCCACGCUGUGCUUGGACGAGCGCGGUAAGCACAGCACCGCCGAGGUGGCCGCCACGCUGUUGUUCUCGCUGCUGGACGUUCUGCACGGCAUGCUGACCUACAUGUCCCGGGUCGUGCGGCUGGCCCUGCAGGCACAGAAGUCUGGCUCGGGAGGGGACACACAGGUGGCUGAAGACCUGCUGCUGCUGGGCAAGCCCCUGGCGGCCCUCGCUGGCUGGCUCAUCCUGCUGCUUCCCAGCGAGGAUCCCGAAGUUUUCGAGGUCUCCUCCAAGUGCCUGUCUGUCCUGGUUCAGCUGUACGGAGGGGAGAUCCCAGACAGCCUGUGCCCUGAGAACGCGGAGAGCUUUGCUCACGUGCUGGCCUUCCGGAAGGACACCAAGGACCAGAAGCUUCUGUUGCGGAUCCUCAGGAGGAUGGUCACCUCCAGUGAACAGCACCGGGCCCGCCUCGAGCAGGCGGGCGGCCUUCAGAGGGUGCUGGAGCAGCUGGCCCGGGCUGAGGGCGCACCUGACAACACACCCGUGGCUUCCCUGGCCCUGGACAUCCUCCACACCCUUGGCUCCCGGCAGGAAGGCACCUAGGGAGUUCCGCUGAGCCCCACCCGCAGCCACAUGCUGCUCCCACCACCACUCUGCGGCGAGACUGGACAUAAUAAAGUUGGGACAACCAUGGAGGAUAGUGUUCUCUCACUGGGCCUCUGCUAGAAGGCCAGGCUUGCUAGUCAGGGUAAAAAGGGCUUCCUUUGGAGGCCAGGCCCUGUGGGCUGCUGCCCUGGGGAAGCCUGCACCUGCUGCCCACCUCACCAGCCUGACCAUUUCCCAUCCUGAACACAGCCCCGACCCUCGAGACAGCUAAGUGCUUCCCUGCCUGGAUGCUUGAGGUGCUGCAGGAGCAUGGGACGCUGGGCUGCUUGGGAUCUGGCCAGUGGGGCAGGAUGGCACCGACGCGGUCCCCACAGGAGGACUCGAUCACUCGCAGAGUGGGCACGGCAGGUGCAUGGGCUGAGGAUCUCCCUGUCCCCGGAGUCGCUGUCCCCGGAGUCCUUGCCAUCCAGCACGGCUGAGGUUCCCUGGAGCAGCACGAUCCUUGCCCGCCCCACGUGGACAGCACUAGCCACCAUGCGCCACCCAGGAGGCCCCACCUGGUAGAGCAGAUGGGGUGGUGUCGACCUGUGGCUGCUACCGCCAGGUGCCCACGUGGCCCCAGGAGCAGGUCUCCGUUCCCAGAGCGUCCCUGCCCACCACCACUUGGUCAGUCAGCUCCUGAGGAAGGCCCCCUCCCCCAGCGUCGCAGUGCUGUGCUGCCAUGGAAGUGGCUCACCAGUGGACGCUGCGGUGGUCACUACUCAUGUGCGUGCAGUGAAGGGUCAGGGAACUGGGUCUCCUGGCCCAGGAGCAGGAGCAGCUCAGAAAGGGACUUGGCCUGGGGUGAGGAGGGCGAGGUAGGGCGCAGGGUGGCCGGGCAGUGGGAAACCAUGCAGAGCCUGGGCCAGCCCGACCUCCCUGCGCAGCCUUGGCUUCAAGCUCCAGUGGCCUGGCGAGCUCUGCCGCCUCUAGUUAUGCUUGCGCUGCAGUGGACAGAAGACAGGAAACAGGUGCCUAUGGGGCUGCGUCGUCUGCACGGGUGGACGUGAUGUGCCCAGCAGCGCCAGUGCAGGCACUAGCGCCACCUGGCCUCAGGCAGCUGGGGUCUGUGGACACCUGGCGACCUCUGCUGUCCAUGCAGAUUCAGCUCAUCCUUUGUGGAGCCGUCAGCACCAGCCAAGCGUCCACUGGCCCCCACACCAGGGAAGAUGGGGUUGUGCCGAGAACAGCUGCUGAAGCCACUGAGUCCCCAGUGCAGCCGACCUGCUCGCUUCUGUCACCUGAACAGGAGGCGGCAGCCGUGCCUGGUGGGACCUAUCAGACCACCACUGCCUGGCAAGAUGUCACACCUUAGCCCGACAGCAGGCAGUGCCCAGGCAUGGUCCUGAGCAUCUGAGCCAGGCGUGCGGGGCCAGGAAGCCCUCCCACCAUCUGCCCUUCUCCUCAGCGUCCCUCACUGUCCUCAGCCAAGCGCACGCUACCCCACUUCCAGAGACUCUGUCAUCAAGGCCACCACGCAGCUACUGCAGGCAGGCCUUGUGCGGAGAUUGGGCCGCACACCUGCAGCGUCUGUGGGGCUGUCGCCCUGCCGCAACUGCCACACUGCAGGCCGAGGCCAAGCUCAGGGUCACGGAUGUUCUGUCCUAGCUUGUUUACUCAAAUGGCCACCUGGAGUUCCGCAGCUGGACCCAGAAAGCCAUGUGUCUUCCAGCCCCAGCUACCUCUCCGCAUCUCUGAGCAGCCGUUCUGGGCUGGUCCAGUUACCUGAACUUCUGUCCCCGCGCCCAGGACAGUGCUGCCCUCAGCCUCAUGGACAAAGCCGCGGGCGCCACAUGUGCUCACACUGUGGAAAUGGCUGAACAGCCCUGCUGGAUGGUGUGGGGUACAGCUCAGAGCCCUGCAGGUCACCCUUCCCGCCCGAGCCCUGGUGGCUCCACUGGUCCUGCUGCACAUACACAGUGCUUCCAGUCUGGUUGCUCUAGCCUCAGGGACUGUAGGCGUUUGCCAAGGCCCAGAUGCGGGUGUGCGCUUGUCCAGGUCUCGUCCAGAUCAGAAAGCAGUCCCCAUGACACACUGGAGCGUAAGGUGCGAGUCUGAAGAGGCUAGCCUGCCC